AGGCAGGGAGGGGACCAGAUUUCCCAGAUGCAGGAGACUGUGUCCAUAGUUUCAGUUGUAAGGAAACAACUGGUGGCAACAGGUUAACAUUUAAGAUGGCAGGGACGGCACGCCAUGACCGAGAGAUGGCCAUCCAGGCCAAGAAAAAACUCACCACGGCCACGGAUCCCAUCGAAAGACUCCGACUGCAGUGCCUGGCCAGGGGCUCUGCAGGCAUCAAAGGACUUGGCAGAGUGUUUCGAAUUAUGGAUGACAAUAACAACCGAACACUUGACUUCAAAGAAUUUGUGAAAGGGUUAAAUGAUUAUGCUGUGGUCAUGGAAAAGGAAGAGGCUGAAGAACUUUUCCGGAGAUUUGAUAAAGAUGGAAAUGGAACAAUAGACUUCAAUGAAUUUCUUCUCACUUUAAGACCUCCAAUGUCCAGAGCCAGAAAAGAGGUCAUUAUGCAAGCUUUCAGGAAGUUAGACAAGACUGGAGAUGGCGUCAUCACAAUCGAAGACCUCCGCGAGGUGUACAAUGCAAAACACCAUCCGAAGUACCAAAACGGAGAGUGGUCAGAAGAACAGGUCUUCCGCAAAUUUCUGGAUAACUUUGACUCACCUUAUGACAAAGAUGGACUGGUUUCAAAAGAAGAAUUUUUGAACUAUUACGCAGGUGUUAGUGCUUCUAUUGACACCGAUGCCUAUUUCAUUUUGAUGAUGACAAAAUCCUGGAGAUUAUGACUCUGUAACUCUUUUGAAAACCUGGGACUUUCAUAGAGUGGAUUGAGUUUGAAAGAAGUCCAACACUAUGGAUUUUGAUGAGAUGCAAACUAAUUUUGAAAGAUCUGAAAUUUUAGAGGCAAUAAAUCUUCAGUAAUCUUAAUUACCUGGAAUGCGUUCAUUUCCAUAAACACAUAAGGAUGUAGUUUUAAAUCAGAAAUGAAGGAAGGAGGGAGGGAGGGAAAGAAGAGAUCACAAACUGAGAUGGGGAAGUGGUUCUUAAAUAAAAAUGAUGUAUUUGUUAUAGUUGUUCCUCCUGUAGGGAACAUUGUGGCUGUUUCCCCACACCUUCACUUUAUUUUCUGUCUUGAGACUCUGUAGCAGAGGGGGAUAGUAAAAUAAUUUUAAGAAUAUUUAAUUGUGGAACAUUUCCUGAGCUUACUUAUUUUGAUGUUUCUCUUCAUAAAUACAAAUUAAAGAAAAUUU